AUGGCGUCCCUAGCUGAGGUACCCUGGCUGGACGAUGAUGUGACACCACCACCCCCUGAUGCAGAUGACAGGGAGGUUACUAUUCCCUGGGGUGGUUGGGUGCAUGAGAAGCCCCCUGCUAGACGUCGUUCUAGGGCUAGAGCAGUCGUGGGGACACUUUCACCGUCAGCCCCUACUGCAACCCCAUCCUCUUCUACCGCCGCAGCUCCAUCUUCAUCCACAGCUCCACCUUCAGUCCCUGAGCCUACUUACCUACUGAUCCAGUGUCUAUUCCAGUUCUUAGAGCGUGAGAGACUCCAUGUCAGAUGCCGAUUAGAUCGGAUGGACCAGGCGCUCAUCUCUCUGGGUGCCGAGCUACCUCCGCUUCCCGAUUCUCCGGCCUCCGAUGAGCAGGAUCAUCAGGAGGAGGGUGCGGAGGUGCUGACUCAGCAGGAUGCUCCUCCAGCUGCCCCAGACACCACAAAGCUACAGCCACAGCCACAGCCAGAGCCAGUCCCACAACCACAGACAGAGCCCGAGCCCACCGUUGUACCCUCCACUGAUCCUCCAGUUUAG